UAGAACAUUUAAUUUUACAAAAUUGUAUGCGGAAAGAAUUAAAUUAAUCGAGAAUGUGUGCCAAUCAACAAAUAAUAAAUUAACAUGGAAUAAGUCAAUAGGAGAAUUUUUUGAAUAUAUCAUGUAUCCAAACAUUUUUAUAAAAAUGGAGUGUCUUGAUUGCAAACUAAGUAAUUAUCAAUAUUGUAAUCUAGUGGAAGUUUCAUUUGAAGAGUUAGUCUCUGAAAACUUGUCAGUUAUCAUACAUAAUUGUCUGCUAGCAAAAAGAAAUUGUUGCAAUAUUUGUUCAAACACAGAUAUUAUAUGUCAAUAUUCAAUAAGUGAUCUGUUUUGUAUAAAUGUGGAAAAAGAAGCUAAAAUCGUAAACUUAGAUCAAUUAGUACCUGUUCUAACAUUUUCUACUGGAAAGUUUAUUUUAACUGGUGUAAUAGCAUAUGAAGAACCCAUUGCAAGUAAUGUGUUACGUCACUAUGUUGCUUAUGUCAGAAGUCUGAAAGGUAUCUGGAAUAAGUACAACGAUAUUAAUAUUGAAUUCUCAAAACCUGAGAAAGUAAAAAACAAUUUAGGUAUAAAAGUAGCAUUAUUAUUCUAUAUUAAGUAUGAAAGCAUUGAAGAAAAAAACCAAUGUAGUGUUGUUGUACAUGAAGUAGAUGUUUGCGAGGAUAUAAGCAACAACAACUCAAAUUUACUGCCAGACUGCAAUCUGGAGAUAAACAAAAUAAUAUUACAAAAAAAAGUAGAGGAAGAAACUUAUAUUGAAAGUGAAACAGAGACACAUAUUCACGAUAUAAGUCCAUCCAAUGAUUUUCAAUAUCAAGAUAGUCUGAUGAACUUUGAUGAUAUGAUUGGAAAUGAAGUAGUGGUAGAAUUUGUCGAAACGAGUAUACAAGAUGUAAGUUCUUCAAACAAUUUGCUAUAUGAAGAUAGUUCAAAUUUAGAUAAAAUGAUUGAAAAUGAAGAAAAGCCAGAAUGCAGUAGUGUAGAUGCAAGUUUAAACAACAGUUAUACUGAAACGUGUUGGUCUAAUAAUGAGAGCACGAGCUCGGUAGAAUCUUCAUUCAAUGUGCAUGCCUUUCUGAGUUACCAUCCAUGGAGACAUUUAAUACAGAACGGAUCAAAAUUGCCCCCCAUUAAAUUGCCAACUCAAGAUGUUAAAUUAAUUAAUACUUGUCCAAUAGACUGUAUUGCAGAACUAUUGACUGCCGCUCAUUGUUUUGAAGGAUCAGUCAACUAUUUAAUAUUUGAAAUCGGAUUAUCAAAAAACAAAAAAAAUGAGAUUUUUGAAAUCAUAUGGGAAUAUUGUAUGAACAAAUCAAGAAAUAUAUAUUACACAAAGAGAAUGGAUUAUUGCAUAUCCAAACCGAAAUUAUAUACACAAACAAUAAAAACAGAUUAUCUUUUAAUUGACUGCCAAGAUAAUGUAAUUCGAUUAUUCGAGUCUAUAAUGUCAGGAGAGCUACUACACUCUAUUGAAAAAACGAUUACUUGCACAUGCAAUUAUGUUAACAAAAAAAAAUAUAGCAUACAACAUAUAAACACUGAUUUAAGAAUGGAAGAUUCUUUAAUUUUUGAAUUAGAAAAUUAUUUACAAACAUAUUUUUCGAAAAAAAUUAAAAAAUGCUAUCAAUGUCAAAAAGACGCUCGGUUAACUUACAAGAUCAACAGUUAUUUAUGUAUUGAAUUAGAAACUAAUUUCAUCAUUCAUAAGGACAUGCAGGCUCGCUUGAAUAGUAUUCCUACACGUUUAAAUUUAUGUAAAGAAGAGUACAAUUUACUAGGAGUAAUAGCUUUUGAUUUACCAAUUCAUGAAAAUGGUUUACUUCAUUAUUACGUAUUUAUUAGAUUACCAAACACAGAAUGGGAAGAAAGAAAUAAUUUGACCAAUAUUAUCAAACGUCAUUCUAAACGAAGUACAAUAACAAUUAAACCAGCUAUAUUGUUUUACGCAAGAAAAAAUGUAUAUAAACGCUCCUAUGACAAGUACUUAUAAAAACGUAGAACACCUCAAGAUAGAUAAUGUAUAUAUAUUUAUUAAAUAUAUGUCAUGCUUGACACGUUUGAUCAAGAACAAGUUAAAAGUUUCUGCUGAUUCAAGAAUCCAAUCUCUUUUAGUAUAACACUUAUAUAGCUAUUAUUUUAAAUUUUGAACGCAAGGCUACCAAUCAGAGUAUCAGCUGAUGUAUCAAAUAUGUAUGCAAGAUGUUAGUUGAAAAUGAUGUGCAAAUCCACAAAGGAAAUAUAGAUGAUAAAAAUUGAGUGAAAAUCGUAGUUCUUUAGUGCUUUGUACAGUGUGUACUUAGAUAUACCUAGUUUUUAGUCAGGAUUCUUAAUCUGCUUACUUAUCAGAAUGAUAAAUGGCAGUCUGAUUGUUCGUAAGAAAGAUAGUAAGUUUUUCUUUUCAAUAAUGGCCAACACUAUUAAUAUGAAAAAAAAGAUACAAAAUACCAAGAUCACGCAUCGACCACAAACUUCUGUGGAUUACAAAAUAUAAGUUUUUUAACGCAUUUUGUUUCACCUUUUUAUAACUUCUCAAUUAGAAAAAUAGUUUUUUGGAUUUUCAAAUUUUUGAUCAACUACAACCAUAGUCUAGGAAUUCCAAUUGAUUACUUACGCAGGAUUUAAUUUAUCCCAAACACUUUAUGAACAAGCAAUUGCAGACAACUUGCAAUUACUGCAGUGCGAUUCUGGUUUGAUGGUCAGUCAACCUGUUCAUGAACUGGACUUCUAUGUUAUACAGAUGGAUGAGGAUGAUACUAUAGACGUGUAUCAGCAAACUUUGAUACCUAUAAAAAAUCAUUAUUUUAAUAAAGCUUAAAAUAUAAAAUUAAGAAAAGUAAGAGUCGUUUUUUGUGGCGCUAACUACAUUUUGAAAAAUAAAAUAAUAAUGUGAAAGGA